AUGGCCUACGGAGCGGUCAAGACGACGCCCGAUGCUGCCGCCCGGCCGGCUGGAAGCUCAGCGUCGCAGACUGAUGAUAACAUCAACGGCAACGCCUCGCAAGCUCCCCAGGGAUCCGAUGCCGCCGACGAGCAAAGCACCACGUUCUGGAGCCGCACCAAGGCCUUUUACCAGAACAACAUUGGCCUCUUUUUCGUCUUUCUCGCCCAAAUAUUUGCUUCCAUUAUGGCCAUGACGACGCGGCUGCUGGAGACCGGCUUCGACACCAAGUUCCACGCGCUGCAAAUCAUCUUUGUCCGCAUGACCGUCACAGCCGGCAUUGGCUCCGCGUACAUGUGGUACAAAAAGGUGCCCGACUUCCCGCUCGGCCCGCCGGGCGUCCGGGGCCUGCUGGUGCUGCGCGGCGCGGCGGGCACGAUUGGUCUCUUUGGGCUGUACUACUCGCUUUCAUUCUUGGACAUUGCAGACUCGACCGUCAUAACGUUUCUCGUGCCCACGCUGACGAGCUUUGUCUGCUGGGUCGCCUUGCGGGAACCAUUCACCAUUGUCGAAGGCAUCGCGGGAAUCAUUGCCCUCACCGGCGUGCUCUUCAUCGCCCGCCCCAGCUUCCUCUUCUCGCACCUCCCCUUCCACCAUCCGCACAACGACACCGCCGUUCACGCCCUCGACGGCAUCUUCAAGCCCGUGCCCGCCACGCCCGCCGAGCGCUCCUUUGCCGUCGUCCUCGCCGUGCUCGGCUCCUUUGCCGCCGCCACCGCCUACGCCACGAUCCGCGUCAUCGGCACGCGCGUCCACUCGCUCGUCAGCGUAAACUACUUUGCCGUCGCCUCCACCGUCUUCUCCUGCGCCGUCCUGCUGCUCCACCCGGACAUUGGCUUCCAGACGCCGCAGAGCACCCCCCAGUGGCUGCUCCUCCUGUCCAUCGGCCUCUCCGGCUUCCUGCUGCAGGUGCUCCUCACAGAGGGCCUGCAGCGGGAGCGUGCGGGCCGCGCGACCAACAUGAUUUACACGCAGCUCGUGACGGCGCUCGUCAUUGAAAAGGUCGUCUGGGGCACCACGCCGCCGGUGGAGAGCUUCAUCGGAAGCUUACUGAUUGUUGGCGCGGCGAUCUGGGUGGGCGUGCAGAAGAAGACGCCGGAUGUGGAAAAGAAGCCUGCCCGGAUCCCGGAUGAGGAGACGAGCCUGCUUCGUGCCGAGGAUUGA